CACUCCUUAAUCCAUGUAGUUUGGCCGUAUUUAGAGGUUGAUGAGGAAGGAUAGGUGUUGCCAUAACAGACUGAUAGAGGUGAGGAGGGUUACACAGGAGAGACAAGCCGGUUCAGAGCGACUGGGUUCAUCUGAGAGAAGGAAGGAGAAGACACAGGGAUACAGACAGAAAACCCAGCAACCCGUUCCAACAAACUCCUACCUGGCUAUGACUGACGUCCUCCCCGGCAGCCAUGCCAGAACUCCAGAGCCAGAGCUCCGCCUGGUCCUCCUAGGGACCAUCGGCUGUGGCAAGACCCUGUCAGGAGACACCCUCCUGGGCCAGUCCUCCUCCGGCUCUCCUUCCUCCUCUAGUUCUUCCCCCAGGCUUUGCCAGCUGAGGCCUGGGGCCUCCGAGGGCCGGAGGUUGACUGUGGUGGAGGCCCCUCGCUGGUACUGGAGCGGGGGCCACAUGGAGGCUGGGGUGAGGAAGGAGACAGAGAGGGCACUUGAGCUGGCUGCCCCGGGGCCACACGCCUUCCUGCUGCUGGUUCCUGUCGGCCAGUUCACCGAGGUGGAGCACAGAGUGCCCGCUGAGCUGGAGGAGGUGUUUGGGGAGGGGGUGUUGAAACACACCCUGGUGCUGUUCACCUGUGGAGACUACCUGAUGGGCCAGGGGGCGGGGCAGUACCUGGAGGGAGAGGACCCUGGGCUCAGGGAGGUGAUUGACAGGUGUGGGGGCCAAUACCACGUCCUCAACAACCGCCGACCGCAGGACAGGGAGCAGGUCAGGGAGCUGCUGGAGAAGGUGGAGAACAUGGUACAAAAGAACAGAGGAUGCUACAUACGACAGAACACCCUGCAGAGAGAGAUGGAAGAACAAGCGAGGGGGAGAGAGAGGGAACUGAAGGAGAAGGUGGAAGAACAAGCGAGGGGGAGAGAGAGGGAACUGAAGGAGAAGGUGGAAGAACAAGCGAGGGAGAGAGAGAGGGAACUGAAGGAGAAGGUGGAAGAACAAGCGAGGGAGAGAGAGAGGGAACUGAAGGAGAAGGUGGAAGAACAAGCGAGGGAGAGAGAGAGGGAACUGAAGGAGAAGGUGGAAGAACAAGCGAGGGGGAGAGAGGGGGAACUGGAAUCUAGACACGUCACCAACACAGAGACACGCAGAUAUUGGGGAAACAGGAAAAGAGAGGUUACACCUAACUCUGCUAUAGAGAGGAGAAGAGAGGAAGAGAGGGAAGAGAUGGAGAGGAAAAGAGAAGAAGAGAUUGAGAGGAGAAGAAGGGAAGAGGGGGAAGAUAUGGAAGAGAAAGUGACUGUGAAACCCUUGGUUAACUGUCUUCAAUCAACACCAACACAACAGCAGCAGCCAAAAAAGCCCCAGAAUGGUGGUCCAGCACUGUUCACAAGGAUCCCUAGUUUCCAUCUGACUGAAGAGGGCGGUAUACUCUCACAGCUGUCCAAACUCGAAGCAAAACCAGCCCAGAAAGUUGUUAAUACCUUCUCCCACAAAAUCAACAGCAUUGAAGAGAAGACAACCCCCUCCUCCUCCUCCUCCCAGUCAGAGUUGCGUGUGGUUCUGCUGGGUAGGUCAGGGUCAGGGAAGAGUGCAGCAGGUAAUAUCAUACUGGGGCGGGAAGAGUUUGUGUCUCGACCAGACAUUACCACAGCCGUCACUCAGGACUGUCAGAAGAGCAGGGCCCUCGUUGCCGGGAGACGGGUGGCAGUGGUGGACACUCCAGACUGGUUCCGCUCCGAGCACCCUCCCGAUGUGGUCCGUUCCCAGCUGUCGUCCUGUGUGGCCCUCUCGGCCCCUGGCCCCCACGCCUUCAUCCUCUGUGUCCCUGUAGACCAACCAGCCCAGGCAGAGCUACAGGCUCUAGGGGCCCUAGAGAAAGUCUUUGGUCCCGGGGCGGUCCGGACCCACACCCUGGUCCUCUUCACUCACUCCGAUCGGUUGAAGGAGAGCGGGAAAGUGGGAGUGGAAGGUGUGGAGAAGUAUAUCUCCAGCCAGAGGAGAGAUUUGUUAGAGUUGGUUAAACGAUGUGGGGAUCGGUAUCAUGUGAUGGAGAGAGGGAGCGGAGGAGAAGAGGAGGAGGAGAGGAAGAGGAGGAGUGUGGGGGAGUUAUUGGAGAAGGUGGAGCAGACGGUGAGAGAGGGAGGAGGAGAGUGUUUCUCCUGUCCACUCUUCCAGGAGGCGGAGGAUAGGGUGAGACAGAGACAGGAGGAGAUAGUGAGGGAGAGGAGGGGAAGAGGAGAGGAGGUGAAGAGACAAGCGCUUCAUUCCUACUCCAUGCAGCCCUUGAGAGAGACAGAGGAAGAUGAGGAGGAGAACGAGAGAACGAGAGAGGAGGCAGAGAAGAGUGUGAGCGCCCUUGAAUUGGAAAAUCUUCCCUCGCUCUCGUCCUCUUCUGCAUGGUAUUCGUCACUCCUUCGCUCGGUGUGGGAGAAGGUGGGGGCGGGAGCGAGUAAGGUCCCCAAGCUGACGGCUGGAGGUGCGCUGCUGGGUGGGGUGGUGGGCGUGUUCUUUGGAGGGCCCAUAGGGGGAGCUAUAGGGGCCACUGCUGGAUCUGUGGUCACUGAGGUGGGGAGAAGGAGGUUUAGCCAGACAAAGAACUCAGCAGAAGAGACAGAUGCCACAGGGAGAAUAGAAGGAGAAAUCUUGGACAAGGUGUUGAAAACAGAGUGAGAGAGUCAGAUCCACACACGUUGAUAUGGAUGUACAGUACAGCAUGUUAUGAGAGAUUAUUUGAUAGGUUUCUACCUAUGAUAUAUAUCCACCUGUGACCGCGCAGACGUUGUAUAUAUCUGUGAUUAUAAACUGGGUUGGUCGAGCCCUGAAUGAUGAUUGGCUGACAGCUGUGGUAUAUCAGACAGUAUACCACAGGUAUGACAAACAUGUAUUUUUACUGCUCUAAUUACGUUGGUAACCAGUUAAUAAUAGCAAUAAGGCACCUCGGGGGUUUGUGAUAUAUGGCCAAUAUACCAUGGCUAUAUACCACGUUGCGUGGUGCCUAAGAACAGCCCUUAGCCGUGGUAUAUUUUCCAUAUACCACACCCCCUCGGGCCUUAUUGCUUAAACAUAAUGUUGGUAACAUUGUACAACAUAUACUGAUGUUUAAGUUGUUUUGCGGCAAAUACCGGUUCUCAUUGACUACUUCAAUGUUUUGUUGUAUUUCUUUUCCAGCUAUUACAAUUAUGACUUGUUAAAUAACUCACAUGUGCUACGUCAUUAUUAUUCAAAUGACAUUCAACAUGUUUUCUUUAAAUGUUAAACUACUAUUGUGCAUAUAGUUAAUCGGUUUAUUAAUGCUAAUAAAACACAUUGCAUGAUAAUAUCAUUCA